GCAAUGCAACCUAUUACAAGACAUAAAGAAAUGAAAAAAGUGAUCUAUCAUCAAAUACUCAUUACAAAACAUGAAGAGGAAGAGGAAAAGAAGAUCCAUCAUCAAAUACCUAUUACAAAAUAUAAAGAGAAAGAGAAAAAGAAAAUCCAUCAUCAAAUACUCGUUACAAUGCAUAAAGAUAUGGAAAAGUUGGUCUAUUAUCAAAUACCUGAAAUAGCAAAAGCUAAGGCAAUGUUUGAAAGAGACAAACUUAUUAAAAAAGAAUCAGAAAAAGUUGUCUAUAUGCCACCCGGGUAG